AUUAUUGCAUGACAAGAACUCGCCACGACGCGCCUAUCGUAAUUUUAGUGCAACGCGCCCAGCCACUUCUAGUGAACAUUACGAAGCCACGCCAGAAAAACAGUGGUUUUAUCCUCUCUGCCUCUCUCGCUUCAUCACCUCUUGCAAUGGCUUCCAAGCUUACCAUGCACGCUCUUCAGUAUGAUACUUAUGGUGGAGGACCCGCCGGUUUAAAGCACGUUGAUGUACCAGUUCCCUCUCCAGAAAAAGAUGAGGUUUUGCUGAAACUGGAAGCAGCUAGUCUAAAUCCAGUAGAUUGGAAAAUGCAGAAGGGCAUGCUGAGGCCUUUUUUGCCUCGCAAAUUUCCUUACAUACCUGCGACUGAUGUAGCUGGGGAAGUCAUAGGUGUAGGGUCAGAAGUUAAAGAUUUCAAAGCUGGUGACAAAGUUGUAGCUAUUCUUAACCACCUUACUGGAGGUGGACUAGCUGAAUUUGCUGUGGCUAAGGAAAGCUUGACAGUUAGUAGGUCCCCAGAAGUUUCUGCAGCUGAAGGUGCUGGCUUACCUGUUGCCGGUCUCACUGCUCACCAGGCCCUCACUCAGUCUGCUGGGAUCAAGCUUGAUGGAAGUGGCAUGGAGAAAAACAUUCUGAUCACUGCUGCUUCAGGUGGUGUAGGUCACUAUGCUGUUCAGCUGGCAAAGCUUGGAAACACGCAUGUGACUGCCACUUGUGGGGCUCGCAACAUAGAAUUUGUCAAGAGUUUAGGGGCUGAUGAGGUUCUUGAUUACAAGACCCCUGAUGGAGCUGCUCUAAAGAGCCCAUCUGGUCGAAAAUAUGAUGCAGUGAUCCACUGUGCAUCAGCCAUGCCCUGGUGUACAUUUGAGCCAAAUUUGAGCUCAAAUGGGAAGGUGAUAGAUAUCACUCCUGGACCCAGGGCGAUGUGGACUUUUGCCUUGAAGAAACUUACCUUCUCCAAGAAGCAGCUGGUCCCUUUGCUCUUAAUACCAAAGAAGGAGAACCUAGAUUUUCUUGUUAAGUUAGUGAAGGAAGGGAAGCUUAAGACAGUGAUCGACUCAAAGCAUCCCCUCAGCAAAGCUGAAGAAGCUUGGGCCAGGAGUAUUGAAGGUCAUGCUACUGGUAAGAUCAUUGUGGAACCUUAGGUGAAUAUAAUUAGCAUGGUAUUGCAGUUUUUUAUGAUCUAGUUAUGAUUUGUGUGAAGUAUAUGAGCAUGGCAUCUGGUAUGUGAAUGUUCUAUAUUGCUAUUUAUUUAAAAAGAAAACGCUUGGUUGGGAAAUUA